AUGCGGCGAGAGUGGGAGGAGUCGCAUGCAGUUGUCGAGGAGCUCGUCGAGGGCCCGCCCAGUCGAAGAGCCAAUGCAACCCUCACUGCUUGUCCCACCGGGAAUCAUCUCUGGUGUAUCGGUGGCGAAUUCUUCGGCGAUGACGGCAAGGCGUACUUUUAUAACGACGUCUUCAGAUACACCCCAGAGAAGGAUGAAUGGCGCAAAUUUAUCUCACCUGAGUGUCCUGGUCCACGGUCUGCUCAUGCAGUCGCAGCUGCACCCAUGGGGGGCGGCAAGCUCUUCCUCUUUGGCGGAGAGUUCUCGUCACUUUACCAAAACACCUUCCAUCAUUAUCGUGAUUUCUGGUGUUUCGACAUCGCGACUCAUUCUUGGGAUCGUAUUGAUACCAAGGUUCGGCCCAGUGCUCGUUCGGGGCAUCGGAUAGCGCUGUGGAAGCACUACAUUGUACUUUUCGGCGGGUUCUAUGACCCGGGCGUCACCACCCGAUAUCUCAACGACCUCUGGAUAUUUGAUAUACAGGAGUAUAAAUGGACCCAGAUCGAGUUUAAUGCCACAGAGAGAAGACCCUCACCGAGGAGCGGGUUUUCUUUCUUACCCACGCAAGACGGGAUCCUUCUACAUGGUACGUGUCGGGACUUGGACGACAAAAGGUUCCAUUGUCACACUAACUCUUUCAAAUGGACCACAGGCGGCUACUGCAAGGAGUUUGUCAAAGGAAAACGCCCUGUCGGUGUCAUGCUGGAAGACACUUGGUUUCUCUCCAUGUCAAUUGCCACAUCCUCUCUGGAGAGCUCUUCGAAGCGCCAAAGUAACGCUGGCGUCAUUACCAAAUGGGAAAAACGCAAGCGAGCGUCGACAGCUUUCAUCCCUUCGCUACGCUCGGGGUGCACGAUGACGCUAUGGUCGACAAAGGGGAUGGGCGUCAUGUUCGGGGGCGUAACAGAUGAAGACACUAGCGAGGAGACUCUUGAAAGUGUGUUCCAUCAAGAUUUGAACGGGUACCACAUUGGAACUGGAAAGUGGUCGUCUAUGAUGCUCAAGCGACCGAAAAAGCCAGGAGGGGCUGCAAAAAGAAAAAAAAUAGUUCCUGAUAGAAUCAAGGAGAGUUUCGAUGAGAAGGAGGAACAAAACGAACAAAACGACAGCGAAGGUGAUUCAAAACCACCGGCGGUAAGGCCUUCGUUGAAAGCGAACGAGACACUUGUCCACCUUUCGGACAUGCACUUGGGACACGACGUUAUUGACCCUGACGACCCAGUUCGCAGCACUCCACAACCCCGGUAUAACACAAUGCUUGCAGUCCUUCGCAAUACUCUAUACAUCUACGGAGGCAUCUUCGAACGUGGAUCCCGAGAGUACACGCUCGAUGAUUUUUAUGCACUUGCACUAGACAAGAUGGACCGGUACCUCUGCUUGAAGGAAAGUGGGGUGCUCGUUCCUCCACCGGGCGAGGAGAGCAGCAGCAGUGAUGAUGAAGACACUGACGGAACUAACACUGGGCACUACGAAAGCGAAGGUGAGACGGCACUGGAUGACGGAAUAGUCGUGGAGAGCACGGAGACAGGGAAGCUGGGAGAAAUGGAGAAGAUUGGGGAGGAUGAUCUCGAAGAACCUAUGCAAGCACCGAAGGAAGCGCUCCUGAGUGAAGCGAGCAAAUUUGAGGGCGUGGCGAAAGAAUUACCCCGCGCGCCGGAGGACAUUACAGGCACACCGCUUCCCGGCGAGACGCUUGCGACCUUCUAUGCUCGAACGCGGGAACACUGGGCGCAGAAGGCAUGCGAGACAAGCGAAAAUCGAGGCAAGAUGCUUCGGCGAGACGGGUUCUCGCACGCAGAAGAGCGAUACGGUGCGUGCUUACCUUUGGCAUCCCCGCCGCGCGUUCCCAGCCUGGUUGAUCUGGCGAACAUCAUGGGGCAGCGGAAUACAAGCCGAUAUUGGAACAGAUGGAGCGAAUCUUGGCGGAGUCUGGGCUUGACGAAGACGAGAUGCGACGCAGUGCAGUUGGAGGAGCAGGAGGUGGUGGAGGUGGAGGUCAGAGUCGAAAUCGUCGCUAGCCAGGACAGAGAGAUGAUUAUUGGUGGUAUCGGUGACCAUUUGGGCCUUGCCGAUUCUAUUGGAGAACAAAGGAGGUGGUAG